UAUUGUUUCGCUACAAUGACUUUCUUAGAGGAUCGAGAUUUACAAGACGUACCGAAUAUCAAAGAGUAUUAUGCAAACAAGACGAUUUUCGUAACUGGCGGCUCUGGAUUUAUGGGCACUGUAUUAAUAGAGAAACUCCUUUACUCGUGCACGGAUUUGGAAAGGAUAUACUUGCUCCUCAGGAGCAAGAAGGGAGUGAAUUCUGAAGAUAGACUCGCAGAUUUAUACAAGAGUUCUUGCUUCGAGCGCCUGCGCAAGGAAAGACCUGGCGUUUUCGAGAGAAAAGUGUUUUCUGUAGCUGGUGACAUUUCCGAGCUGGGAUUAGGUCUCUCUGAAGAAGACAGAGCUUUGCUCAUAAAUCGAGUCAAUAUAGUUUUCCACGUAGCGGCUAGCGUAAGAUUCAAUGAUACACUGGACUACGCAGCGAAACUAAAUUUACGAGGCACGAGAGAAAUUAUAGACUUGGCGAAAGAAAUGCAAUGUCUUGAGAGUUUUGUUCACGUAUCCACAAGCUAUUCUAACACAAAUCGGGAUACCAUAGAAGAAGUGAUAUAUCCUCCUCAUGCUGACUGGAGGGACACUCUUGCCAUCUGUGAGGCUCUGGACCCGGAGACAUUAAAGAUAUUAACACCGAAGUACCUUGGAGAGCUGCCAAACACGUAUGUCUUCACAAAACAGCUUGCAGAACACGUUGUAUACCAGAAUAAAGGAAUUAUACCCGCUGUUAUACUUCGACCAUCUAUAGUGAUUUCGAGUCACUUGGAGCCGCUGCCUGGUUGGAAUGCUAACCUGAAUGGUCCUGUUGGAAUUAUGGUAGCAUCGGCUAAAGGUAUCCUGCGUACAACUCUCUCUAAACCAGACCUGAUAUCCGAUUAUAUCCCCGUGGAUGUCGCUGUUAAAAACUUUAUCGCCGCUGCCUGGAUUCGGGGUACUAAAAAAUUAAAAAAAACCGACGAUAUACCCAUAUACAAUAUCUGUGCGGGUUCCCUAAACAACAUCACAGUUAAAGAGAUACGAGAAAUCGGUUUCAAAGUUAUGGAAGAAAUACCCUUGGAUGGUGCUCUUUGGGUUUGCUCCGGCGGCGUGACAAGUUCCAGGUUUAAAUAUAAUAUUUCUGUUAUAUUCGAGCAUUUAUUGCCAGCUCUGAUUGUGGAUGCAUUUUAUAUAUUGUUGGGAAAGAAACCAAUAUUGACGAAAAUACAACGACGCAUAUAUUCGGUACAAAUAGCUCUUCAGUACUACACAACACAGCAAUGGACGUUCUGCAAUGAGAACUUCACGAAACUACGGGCCGCUAUAAAAGAUGUUGACAAAGAUGAGUUUUAUUACGAGGUGGAGAAAAUAGAUCAAUAUAAAUUUUUCAAGAUUUCGACGCACGGCGCUAGAAAAUAUAUUUUAAACGAAAAAGACGAGGAUAUACCUAAAGCCAGGGAGCAUAACAGGAGAUUACGAAACAUGCAACGGCUAGUCCAUGGUCUGUUCUAUAUGUCUAUGGGUUGGUGGAUUCUAAACACGAAUUUGGUACAGAGUUAUCUUUAUUGAGAGAUUAAAACGUCACUUCCCGCGCUAGUGAAAGAAAUAAAAAAAAUGCUUUGUGUCACAGAAUA